UUUCUUCGUAUCCUUUUUUCCCAAUGUUAUUGUCUCUUUCAACCUCCUCAACCCAUAAUCUUCAUUUAAUCAGCCUUACAAAUAUAUAAAUAUAAAUAAAUAAUUAACUAACAUAUUUUUCUGCUAAGCUUUUAAGGUUGUCACAUUUUAACUUAGAAAUCUAAGGUUGCUCUGUUCUUCACUUCUACCCUGUCUGACACUGAAAGAUGAGCAAAACAUCGAGUGUCUGUGUGGGGUUGCCGUCUUGCCUGGAGCCGCGAAUUCUCAUGCACAAAAUGGAGGAAAUUUCUGCGGAGAGCAAAGAAUGCAUCAAUGGCGAUUUGGGUAGUGGGUGGAGCUUUAUUCAGGCGAUGGGGUCGCCGGAGAGGAAUCAGACGGCGCCGGCGGAGGAGGUGUACGUUCACCCGAUGGUGAGGCGCUCGGCUUCCACUCUGAGCACGAAGAGCUUGGAGAUGUGUACGGAGAGCUUGGGGAGCGAAACCGGCAGCGACAUUAGCGAGAGCGUCGAAGAAUUCUCGUCUCUGUUGCCGGAGAAAGAGGAUUCUACGCCGCCGCAGGCGGCGGCGAGUCAGAGGGAAAAGAGCUAUAGGUAUCCGGCUGAGGUGUUCUGUUCUUUUAAAAAAUCGAACCGGACCGGGGUGUUCCCGCCGCCGCUGACGUCAAUCAGCGGCGGCGACGGCGUCCAGGUCCGGCCCCGCCGCGAAGGCGGCCGGUUAGUCAUCACCGCCGUCGCCGUCACCCUCUACAGCUCUUUCUUCCGGGCAGAAAGAUCCGACGGCCGCCUCCGGCUUUCGUUAAGAAAAACCGAGAAUGAGGUCCUUGAAACCGACGAAGAACUAGACGACGACAACGACGGCGACAACAAUGAAGAAGAAGGUCAUACCGCCGGUGCCGGCCUUGCCGACGCCGGCGAUGAGGUGGUUCCGAUGAAUAUUCCGGCCAGCCGGUGCAAGGACAGUGAGAACAGGAACAAGGAGAUUCAAAGCUGGUAUUGUGUCGCCAUUUCUUAAAAGCUUUCUUUGCGGGACUGACUGAGAAGCUGCUUAGGUGACUGUAAUUUAUCUGAACUUUGUCAAAGUUCAGAGAGCUUAUAAUUAUUAGUCUAAGAUUAAUUUUCUUAGUGGCAGUUAUUAUGGUUAUUGGUUAUGAACCCUAUCCACUAUUCCCAAUAUUAUAUUCUAUAUAUAAAAUAUCCAAUUCACUGUUAAAGCUAACUAGCUAAUAUAUAGUCAGUAUUAGUUUGUACUGUUAAUUGGUCUUUCAUCUUCAAUUCAUUGCCAGUAUGGCUUAAAUUCUUUGUGUUGGUUGCAGAGAGUGGCCAUGCUGGUCCAAUGUCGUCCUAUGUUUGGUCCUUUUUUCUUUAAUCAUUAAGGCUGUACUAUAAAACUAUGUUUCGAUUGGUUAUGUUAGUUCCAACAGAUAAGGACGAUGAUUCAA